CUAUCUAGUGGAAAGUUAUGACAAGCCCCCAACCGGAAACACAACGUUUCGACCCCGAAAGAGCGGUGCACAUGGAAACACACUGGGGACCCGAGUUGAUGAAUGAAUUAAGUUCAGAUGGAUUAUUGUAAUCAUAUUCAUCUCUAAAUUGGAUAGAAUACGCUCUUUACUGAGGUAGGUUAAAAUAUUAGCAGGAUUUGAGGUCUAGCGUUUUUUCAAACUGCUAGUUAGCAUUGCAUUGCUAACAACUAGCAAAAAUCGCACCACGUUAUAGCUAACGUUACUAUUUUUUUCACAGCAACAUUAAAUCCCAUUCCCUGCAUUGUCAUAUCAACUGUGUUACGGACAUUAGUAUGAACGAUUAUGGGUGUAUAACGUUUAGCAAUUCAUUUAGCUAACUUCGCUAGAUAUCCGAACGUAAUGCCAACGUUUUGCUGCGUGCGUGUACUUUGCCAAUGUACAGUCUUGUCAGCGUGACAAUUGUUAUCUUUGACUAACUAAUUGACCAGUAUCUGCGUAAGACCCCUCUGACUCCCAGAAAGCUCCGAUUCAAACUCCUAUUCACUAGCUCUGCAAGCGUUAUAAUGUCAAAAUGCGUUCAUUAAAUUUCGCUGAGAAACUACCUUCAUUUACUCCCGUUAUGGCCGGUAUAUACUUCCACAAAAGGUGUAAGUAAAUCGGUCCAAUAAAAAUAUUAGCUCAUAUACCUUUUCAGUAUAUCCUCUUACUAAAAUAUAUUUUCAAAUCAAUUGGUCCUGAUUAAGCAUGAUCAACAGUACAACUAUAAAACUCGAAUAACCAAAAUAACUUCGCUCAUUGGUUUAUUAUUAUUAUAACGCCUAUGAAUCGGAGCAUUCUGGACUUUAGAGGUCCCUAACGCAAAGAUACUGGUUGAACUAGGUAACUACUCAUAUAACCAUAUAUUCUACCCCUGAAAGACAGUGUUUAGCUACACUAAUCUUCAGUUCUGCUGGCUAGAAUAGGGCUGUGUAGUCAAUAGUGUGCACAUCUGAAUAAAUAUGGUAGUCAAUUGCAGGUGUCUUUGUCAGUAGGCCGGUGUUCCAUUGGAUGACAUGGGUUCAUUCUCCGACCCUUCUUCUUUAGAUACACACAUCUGUUGGUAACAUGAUACUACUCACUGUACCUAACAUAUUCUGCUUUGUUGUUGUCCCUCCCCCAUAGCCUACCAUGCUGAGGUGGUGAGACUGGGUGGUCACAGUGAUAUGGUAAUGUAAAGUGAAUGAAGCAGGACUCUGACAGUACUGGCCACAACAACAAGAAACAGCAGUGGUUUGCCUGUGAUGAGUGGCGACGGCACUGGUUUGGGGGCCCCUGGCCCGCUAGCAGGGUAUUGGGAAAAAAUCCAGGAACGCUCAGCUUUGUUGGAGACCUGUCCAUGGUGUGCUGCUAAAGGACAGUCUCUGGCCCUGCGCUCCUACAGGAUCAACUUCCAGGAGUUCAUCACUCUCUGCACUGACCCACAGUGCCUGUUUCCCUUGGUCUCUCGUCCUUUGGAGGAUGUCCUGGCCAGCCUCGUACCUCCUCUACCCCAAACUCAGACAGGGAGCAAGAGGAAGAGUCCCUGCGGGUUGGAGAAUGGAGACCCUGUACCUUCCCCCAAACGUGCACAAUCGGUGGAGUCAGAAGUGGCCGAGGACGCCGUAUCACCGAGUGGAGCUCUAUCAGUCAGCGGCAUCACCAACAAACUCAAUGGGGAAGAAGAGUGCUUUAAUGGGAAGAAGGAGAGAAUCAGCCAAUCAGAACACACCAACAUGGAUGUGGUGGAUAAAACCCUCAAACACACACUUCCUGAGACUGAGAGGGGAGGGGCCAACGGAUACCACAAGGAUUCUGGUUGGUCGAUGCCAGAAGAAAUGGACCAGGAACUCCUAGAAGAGGAACAAGAUGGUGUCUUUCUCCCAGGGGAGGGUACACCUACUUUAGACAAGGGUUUUCCUCUCCAAAAGAUGGUACCAGUCUUACAGGUGGCCGUUUCUGUUGUAGAGCCUACUGUAGAGUCUGAAGGUGCACCAAAGGAGGUUCUCUCUACUUUACAGGAGGCUGUAUUUGCCCUAGACAAUACUUUAUCUGCCCCGCAAGUAUCCAUUUCUGUCCCAGAGGAGAUUUCACGUCCCUUACAUGUGGCCGUUUCUGCCUCAACGUCUGCCCCAGAGAAACCCUUGGCCAAGGCUGCCUUAGUGGAGGUUGUCCCUACCUUAGAGGACACAGUCUCUCUCUUAGAGGCUCUGACUGCCCCAGGUCUCUCUGGCUUAAAGAACGAUGAGGAAGAGGAGUGUUUAAUCAAGGAGGAAGAAGUGGCUUUGGAGGAUGUCCCUGCCUCAGAAGAGGUUGAGAAGGCUCUGCCUGCCUUGGUGGAGGCUGUCCUUGCUUUAGAGAAAGAUGAGGUGGCUACACCUGCCUUGAUGGAUAAUGAGUACGGAGAGGAGGAUCUGCCUGUCUUUGACAAGGAAGAGGAGGAAGAGUGCCCCCCAGAGGUGAUGUGUAGGCCCUGUAGUGUGGACCUCAGUCAGAGCAAAGUGCCUGUUGAAGUUCAUGAUGAUGAUGAUGGUUCUAUCAAAGUUAGAAGAAGAGCUCAGAACACCCGGCAACUAAUCAGUAGCGAGGACGAGAUGACCGGCGCAACCAUGGAAACAGACCGGGAAGGAAGCGUCACUGAGGAAGUGGAAGUCGUGCCAUCACCGCCAAAAAAGAAAAUGGGCCGACCGAGAAAGACUCCUAUUAUUAAAUACACGCAGGAAGUGGUGCCCAACUUUGACCCGGAAGUGAUCUCGACUGAGGAGUUUGUUCCGCUUCCCGGGCCUCACCUAUUCUGGAGGAAUGAGAAUAGUCUGUGUUGGCUGGACACCUUGCUGGUAGCGCUGGUCCACCUUCGCACCCUGAGGGACAGACGGCCCACCAAGAGGCCCACUGUAGGUCAACCUGUCUGGGACCUGUGUGAGAGGUACAACCGGGCCUGUGGUCUCAUCACAGCCUACCAACACACUGGCGCAGACAGUGUUGUCAGAGUGCCCUCUGCGGUGUUACAGAGGGUCCAAACUGAGAUGCAUGCCAUCAGGAUGUCCAUCUUUAAACUGCUGGAGCCUCUGCUGAAAUGUAAACUGGGUCAGAAUGAGACACCGGUGUUUGCCCUGCCCCUCCUCCUCAGGGCUGACUCCUGGGCAGAACCUCUCUUCCAGCAAGCAUAUGAGUGGCAGUUUGAGUGUACCUCAACAACUUGUCAACAUGCCACCAACACCAAAUGUAAGAAGACCCUCACCACUUUCACCAAGGUGCUUUCUGAUUGGCACCCUCUCAACGCAGCCCACCAUUCACGUUGCAGCAAGUGUAAUAAGAGGAAGCAGACCAGGAUGUUGGUGCUGGAGAGGGUGUCUCCUGUGUUUGUGCUGCACUUUGUAGAAGGUCUUCCUGACAACGACCUCUGUGUGUACUCCUUCACCUUCCAGCAGCAGAAAUACUCCGUCACCACAGUCAUACAGUAUGACCAGCAACUCAAGCACUUUGUCACCUGGAUACGCAGACCUGACGGAUCGUGGUUGGAGUUUGACGAUCUGAAGCACCCUAACUGUGUCUCCCACACCCAGCUGGUGGUCCCUCCUAGAGAAAUCCAUGUUGUCUUCUGGGAGUUGAAGACCGACAGACCGGACAACCCACAGACACCCUGCUCUCCCCCUGUAUCCCUGACAAGCACUUUACUGAUACACAAAGAACUGCAGAAACCUCCCUUAGCCAAACUCUUUGUCAACAAUGAAUCUCAAGACAUCUCUCAGACGGUCUCUGAUGAUGCGGACACUGACAUGGACACCACCAUAACUGCUGGCUAUAUUGAUAACGAUAUGGACACAACAUUAACAAAUAACGUUAACUCUCCCAUCGCCAUCGGUUCCACCAGUGUGCUUCAUAGCGUACCGGUUCAGUCCUGUUACCACAACCUCUCUCUCCCCCUCCUUCAUAACGACACAGCCAUUGUCGAGGCACUGACGGUGUCUGACGAUACCGACAACGACAUCAUGGACACCACGGUAACCACCGGUAACGCUGGUAACUCGUCUAUCAGUAGCACCACACUGCUCGACACCUUCGAGGGCCUCUCCCACGAUGACAUUGUCACCCUGACACUCGUAGAGGUCAAAGUUGACUCUGAUGGGAGGCCGUUGGACGACAACAAUGUCUCCCUGGCUCCCAGGCAAAAUGGAGACCUCAGUCCUCCUCUACCUGCUCCUACACCUGAGACUGAGAACCCCGCACCUGCCCAUGAAAUGCCCCCUGAAACAGAUGUUGUCGUCAUCAAAAGGCCAUCGUCCCCUGAUACUGCCAGUGGGUUUCUCCUUGACAGCAGUGACGGUCCUUCUGAGCCCAACUCUGAAAAGCCCACUCCUCCUAGUCCUCCCAAGCUCAGAAGGGGCAGAAGAACCAGCAAUAAAGCGAAAAUUAUGGCAUCCAACAAUCCAGUUGCAGCAGCUAAGGUGGUCACAACAACACCACCAAGAACAGCUACACCAAUGGCACUUCCUGGAAACUGGGGUGGAAUAAUCCUGCCCUCAGUUGUAUCUAUGAUGUCACCAUCAUAUGUGGAACCCAGCACCCUAGCACCAGAGGCCUCUACUCCUCCCCCGCCCCACUCCAAACCCGCUGCUACCUCCACCUCUCUGCAGAGCAAACCUGGCCUUCCUCCACCCCCGGACCCCAACUCUCGCUGGUCCUACCUGCUUAGCCUCCAUCCCACCUCCAUCCCCAAUCCCCCAAGAACCCAGAGACCAACCAGUCAUUUCAACCACUCAACGCCCAACCGGUUCCAGCAGCUUUCACAGAGCUGGCAGGUCCCAAGGAUGGCUCCCCCCAACCCAGACGCCAGGCUAAAGAAGCCUCCACCUCUACCCAAACCCAAACUAAGUAAGGGGGACAUCGAGGCCCUGCCGGUGAAGGCUGCCGAGAUGUACGGAGGGUUCCAGGCCAGAAGCAGGAUCGUAAAUAUAAACAUAAACAGCCCCUCCAAGACUUCACCUCCCACCCAGCUUAUUUCUCAAAGAACUGACCCGCAAAAUGACGCCUGGAAGAUACCAAGUCAACCUGCUGCCCUCGUCUCGCGAAAACCCCUUAUCAACCACACCACUUCAGCAGUGCCUAUUGUGACCUCACUUCCUCCCUCUCCAGGAGUCACGGAGAUCCCUAAAAUCUCUUCCUCCAGGAAACACAGCCCCGGUGGUCUGGUCAGUGAGACCGAUGCCCUCAGGUACAAGCUGCUGAAGAAGCUGAAAGCCAAGAAGAAGAAACUAGAGAAGCUGAAUCAGAUGCUGGGUUACCAGGGGGGUGCGGGAGGACGGGGGGAAGUAACCUGCACACCAGACAUCACUGAUCGGAGUCCCUCCCACACCGUGAGCUCUAGUACCUCUGUCUACGACAGCCCCGCAUACGACCAGUUCUUUGCCGACCUUCUGUCGCCGGCGACGACCGCCAGCAACUUAUCACCGGACAGCACGGGCUUCCUGGAGAUGCUGACCACCAAUGGACAAGAAGGGGGCGGGGACUUGGCGUGUGGAGGGGAUGGUAUUAGUGGAGCCUCACAGGUGGUGACACCUGUGAUCUUGCAUCCGGCCAAUCACGUUGUAGUAGUGCCACAACCUGGUCUAGCCGAGCCAAUCACGACCUCUGGUGAGAACUUCCUGGAAGAGUUCAUAUCAGGGUCGGCCAAUCAGCAGACGGAGAUGGAGACUGAUACCCUCAGUGCUCUCGACCUGUUCUUUUAGGCUCGUUAACUACAGGUUUAGGAUCUGCUAACAACUCUUACCCAACCCCUAAGCUUAAACGUUAGGGGAAAUGCAAAGCUUACCUCAGAUCAGUGGCUAAGGCUACAUCUGAAAUGGCAUGCUAAUCCCUAUAUAGAGCCUCUGGUCAAAUGUAGCACCAUGGAGAUCCUAUUAAAUUAAACUAUUCUAAUUCCAAAUUAUAUGAGUAGUGCACUAUAUAGGGAGUAGGGUGCCAUUUUGGAUGCAUGCAGGCAGUUUCUAGGAGAAACUACAUGCUACUUACUAUUCCUUUCAGUCGGGAGAAUAUGUGUGUGUGUGCUUGGCAUCAAUGGGUUGUUCUGUUCUGGAUAGCAUGUGUUACAUGAAGCGGAAUCAAGCAGCCAUUUUAAAGGGAGAGUUCACCUAAAUUACAAAGUGACAUAUUGGUUUUCUAACCCUGGAAGCAGUCUAUGGACAAUAUAUGAUAGCAAUCCAUGCUUUGGUUUAGUUUCCCUGGCACUGUUUCCACAUGCUAACGUUUUAGCAUUUGUGGUACAAAUCCCAUUCAAGUCAUGGGACUGAUUUAUUAUUUUCUACGCAUCCUGUUCAAAUCAUAUUUAAGUGACUUUCUUAAGAUUCACAAUCAAUUUUAGCUCAUUUUGGUUAGGACAGGAUGCAUGAAAAAUGCUAAUAUCGGUCCCAUGAAUGGGAUUUCUGAUACAAAUGCUAAAACGUUAGCAUAUGGAAACAAUGGCACUGAAACUUAACCAAAGCAUGGAUUGCUGUCAUCCAUAGAUUGCUUACAGGGUAAGGAAACCAAUGCGCCAUUUUGUAAUUUGGGUGAACUAUUCCUGUAACUCUGGUAAGCACUCGGAUAUCGCUCAUGUAUUUUUUGGGGGUUUACCGAGAAUGUUGAAGUUGAACAUGGAGUAAUGUUAGUACUCACUGAGGGUUUGUCCUAAAUGGCACCCUAUUCCCUACAUAGUGCCCUACUUUUGACUAGGGUCUAUAGGGAUCUGGUCAAAAGUAAUGUACUUUUUUAAGGUAAUAGGGUGCCAUUUGUGAUGGAAACAUAGUACUUACAGGUUCUGAGGCUUUAAGGGAGAUUAAAAAUGUAGGUUGUUUCAGAGUAUUCUGGGAAGUUAAUAGACCCAAUUAUUUGAUCUUUGUGGAGGAGGGAAAAAACUCCUGAAGAUGACAUAUGCUGUUUUUGUUUGCCUUUUUUUAUUUUCGUUUGUCUGAAUUACUUGAAAACUAGGAUAAAAAGCCUGACGUCUGGGAUAAAAAUAUGUUUGUGUUUUAAAGGGUGGUUCGAACUCUUAUCUUUUGAAUGUAUUUUUUGUAAUAAAAAGUGUGACAGAGUUCUAAAAUGUUGUACCGAAUCAGAUACUGUAUGUAAUUCUAAUAAAAUCUUAUUUACAUGGA